CGGUUCUACCUGUAUAAGUGUAACAUAUUUGAUGAGCAUCUUUGCAAGCAUGUGUAAAGAUCGCUUUGGAUUUAGACCAACAGCAUUUCUGGGGGCAUUUUUAGGCGUUGUAGGAUUAUUUUCUAGUGCAUUCAUACAACAACUCGAGCUACUGUAUUUAUCAUUUGGCCUCAUACUUGGAGUUGGUUUAGGAUUUACAUAUUUUACCUCAUUGGUUAUUCUUGGACACUACUUCAAAAAGCAUAUGGGCAUUGUGAAUGGUAUCGUUUCGAUGGGAAGUUCAAUUUACACUGUAUCCCUGUCACUUGUUCUUCCAACUGCGCUAGAAUCUCUAGGCAUCAAGUUUACAUUUAUUAUCCUAUGUGGAUUAUAUUCCAUGCUUCUAUUGUGUACUCUUACAUGGAAACCAUUGUUGUACAGAAAAUAUGACAACACUGAAAUGGUAGUGUCGAAUGAAACAUACCUUGACAAAAAAUGCAGCUGUUCGACUAAAUACUACCUGAACUGGAAAGUGUUUGGAAAUCGUACCUAUUUUGUUUGGUUCCUAGGAUUUAUCGUUGCUUUCUUCGGUUACAUUGUACCAUUCGUACAUUUAGUGAAACAUACACAAGACACUUUCCCUGGAAGUAAUGCCUUUAUUCUUAUUACCUGCCUGUAUGUUACAUCAGGUUUCGGAAAAAUCGUGUUUGGAAAAAUUGCGGAUUUGAAAUGUGUGAACAGAAUCUACAUGCAGCAAUGCGCUUUUGUACUCAUGGGAGUUUUGGAAGCUUGUAUUCCCUUUUCAGAGAAAUUUGAAGGACUUAUUGUUAUCUGUCUAAUUUUUGGAGUAUGUGAUGGGAUCGUUGUGUGUUUGAUAGGUCCGAUUGCGUUUGACAUUAUGGGUCCAAUAGAUGCAUCACAAGCAAUUGGAUUUUUGCUUGGAGGAUUUUCUAUUCCAUUUGCUGUUGGGCCUCCUAUUGCUGGUUUCCUUUACGAUCAUCUUCACACUUACGAGAUAGCGUUUGUGGUAGCCGGUGUAACACCCAUUGUAGGAGCAAUUAUAAUGUGUCUUAUUCCAAGAGUCCAACCGAACAUCCCUAGGCCUGCUAGAACGGAAACACACACGUUUAGUUCAAUUGCAACUUUGAAUGUUGAUCAUGCCGGUCAAAGUACAUUAGAUACCCAAGAGAACGAAAUUGAAAUCGUCUGCGCAUGCCACAUAAAGCUCCCAAAUUCUACAGACAAGGAAUAUACUACACAUUUCUAGUGUUACUGACAAUAUGAUAAAGCUUAUAAUAACUAAAUAGAAUUCUUAAACUUAACAAAUAUUAUGCUCUCUGAAUUUGCAAACAUAUUUUGGGAAAGAUAUUGAUUUCAAUAAUUUACCUUAUUCUCUU